ACAACUUGUUUCAAUGCCUCAAAGACAUCUAAGUUACCUGUGGAAAGAUUAUAGGGGACUUCUACUUUGGGUGAAUUCGGAAACGCCUGGGAAGUUAUUCGCUGAAGGACUAGCCAGUGUACCAAAGGCGAAGGAAUCUUAA